AUGGAUCAAUACCUCUCUGUCCCCUCCCCCAUACCACAUGCGGACGACCCAUCAGCUGCAGACGCCGCCCGGCUUCGUCUGCGACCGAAGAAAAGUAUCCUCUCGUUGAUUUCGAUGCCAAGUUUGAGGAGAUCUAGUAGGCGGCUCAGCAAGGCUUCGACUGCGUCCCUAGGCGCGAACUCGGAUGCGGAAGGCAGUUGGGCGGGGAGAGGAAUAGGAAGGGGGAGGGGGAGGGCUGAUGAGGUGGUAGAGCGCUCUAUAGGAAGAAGUGACGUCGAUGGCGCUAGCGUGGUGACAGACUUGGUCAAACUGGACGACGGCUUGGCCAGGGGGCACGAUAACUCGUACUUGGACGAUGAGACGAAGGACGUGUAUCGGUGGGCUAUGGUCUACGAGAACCAACGCGGAAUGACACUAUUCUCAACAGCAUACUACUCCCAUGCUUCCCUCCUCCCCACCGAUCCACCAGCCUACACCCUCCCCUCCGCCACAGCCUCCCGUACCUCCCCUCGAAAAACACAACCACUCAUCAAACACCUCGAAUCCUACCCCCUCCCCGACGGAACGUGGCGUUGGGUCUCCACUGCAUGGAUGAUCGACAUGCGUGACGGUGGCUCUGUACAACACGACGGUUUCGAAUAUAAUUGGUUUUUUAGGAGGGGAAAGUGGAGGGCUGAAGUGGGGAGAUUGAGUAGCGGAGGGUUGGUUAGGAGACGGAGGUGGGUAAGGUUGAUGAUGCGCCCUGGGCGGGCGAGAGAACCAUGUCACGAGGGAGUGGAGCGUGCUGAGGAAGAGGAGAGGGAUACGUUAGGAGUAGGGAUGGGUGGAGAGCAGAGCAGAGUGAAUAUCAGUCCGAGUAGGGGUGGAUCGUAUCCUGCUUCUGUCAUUGAGAUGGAUGUUGAGGAGGAUCAGAGACUGAUUCGGGAGGUGUGGCAAGGGGAUGCGGGUGAUUGGGAGAGAUUGAGGAACCUGAUGAGGGGGCUGGGAACGGAUGGGAAGAAGUUGGAGGUGUGGAGGGAUUGGUUAGGCGUUGAGGCUGAGGCUAUUCCAGAACAAGAGACGACAAACGGUGAUGUGAAGAGGGGGAAACAGAGACAGAAACAAUGGACUGAGGACUCGCAGGUUUUACCUUCGGAGAAGACGAAGGCUGCGAUGGAUGCAAAAGGUUCAAUCGCUGAGGGUCGGCCAUCAAUUCGGGAUGUGGUUAAGGUGGUGCGAGAGAAUGCCGAAGACAUCUUAGAGUCGUUCAUCUUCCCUGACUCAAGAGCACAUUUCAUCCGCAUUCUGGCACGCGCGAAUAUACUUCCGGAGCUCAUGAGUGGUCUGCCUCCAGAUUACAAGACUACCGCGAGUGCCGUCGACUUUUGGAGCUACCUGGACGUGGAGGGCAUGAAAGAGGUAGAAGAGCGGGUGCAGAAGACUUCUGAUGUAGAUUCUGCAGCAGAGGACGAGGACGAGACUGCACAGGAUUCGAGUUAG